AUGAGGCCAUGGGCGGUGGUGCUGGCCUUGUGGGUGGUGCUGAGGCCUGCGGCAGGGCAACAACGCCUCCUGCCGGCCAUCACAGAUACCGCCUUCAUCAAGGAAUGCGUGCGCGUCCACAAUGACUUCCGCUCCAAAGUCCAGCCAGAGGCCAGCAACAUGCGGUACAUGACUUGGGAUGCAGCUUUGGCAAGGACUGCAAGGGCGUGGGCAAGAAAAUGUGUUUUUGAACAUAAUGUAUACUUAAAGGAGAGAUACCAGUGCCAUCCUAAUUUCACAUCUAUUGGAGAGAAUAUUUGGGUUGGAAGUGUUCAAGCAUUUAAUGUUACUGGUGCCAUUAAAUCGUGGUAUGAUGAGGUCGCGUUCUAUGUCUUUAAUGUGGAUGUAUGUUCUAAGUUCUGCGGUCAUUACCUUCAGGUCGUUUCGGACUGUUCAUAUAAAAUAGGCUGUGCUGUUGCUCCAUGUAACAAAAUCGGAAGAAUACGAAAUGCAGCAAAUUUUGUUUGCAACUAUGCACCAAGUGGUAAUUUGCAAAGAAGACCAUAUAUAGAAGGAAGAGCAUGCAGUCAUUGUGCAAAUGACACCUGUGAAAAUAAACUGUGUAGUAAGUAAAAGUAAAUGUAAAACGCAGUAUGUAAGAGGAAAAAGUACAAUGGCGUAUUUGAUAAAGAAUGUUGCAAGCUUUGUUUUACCCUUUGAUGGUGUUUUCUUGUGUCCAAUUCACAAGUAAUUAAAAAGUAUCCUUAAGGCUAUUUACAUUCAGGAAACAAAUCAUAUUUUACUGAAUCUGGGCCUCAGUGAUCAUUAUGAAGUCUCCAUUUGAUGAUAGACAGUUAUAAGUCAUGAUUUCAGUUAAAUGUAUUACUCUUUCUGUUGCACUCAGAUAUUGUGCUGGCUUUAUUAAUCAUACCAAAGAAAUCAGCAUGUAGCUAUGUACUUUUCAGAGUAGCAUUUAGCAGCAAUUCUUGAGUAGUCUCAUAGGCCUUCAGAAACAGCAGAGCUACUAAUCAGUUAUAUUUGGAAUUAAAUAUUUAAAUUGCAGUUACUGAGUCUGUUGUGACUGUUUCAGCCAGCCACAGCUGAAUUAUAUUCAAGCUUCAGUAUAGCUGAUGCUUAUGUACUCUGAAAGCAGUCACAGUAACUGUGAGAAGGUCAUUCUGGGUUUGUAAUUCAUGCUGGAGUUGUAAGGCCCAUUGUCUUUCCCACCUGGUUAUAUCUGUAUGAAAAGGGACUGCAUACUGAUUUAAUUCUCUAUCUAUAAAGUGUUUUCCCGAUGGCGAAUAAAAUCCUUUCCUUAAACUAGGUAAUUCUUUUAACUCUGUUCUUGUCAAGAAAAUGAAUUAGAGUCAUGAAUUGGUAAGUAUGCAUCACGUUUUGAUGGAGUGAAACAUGAAGAGACAGUAAGUCGACUGUGUUCAGAAAGCUCUUGACCUGAUAACUUCCACCUGGUGGGAAGUCGCAAGCAAGCAGUUUCCUGUGGCUAAAGUUAGGAUGUGUGUUUUUAAGUUUCAUUUAAUAAACUGGAAGUAGGGUUUAUGGUUUCUGUCUAACAGGUAGUUACUAUAUUUGCUCAAUAUAAAUGUUAGUCUAGCUUUAAAAACAUUCAGAAGUCCUGUAGGUCUUAAUUUUUAGAUAGCAGACACGUCUGAAAAACAGCUACACAGAAUACCAGGUUGUAGUUGAUCCCAGUAUCAGGCCCCACUUAGGAAUCAGUCUGUCUCACUUUCCCAUCCAUAAAAUUGUAUUUGAUAGUACUUGCUACCUCAUGUGUACAUUGUGAAUAUUAAUCAGUAUUUAUUACUUUGAGAAAGACAAAGGAGAGGGUUCAAACGGAAGAUAAAGGGGCUGUAUAAUGUGUCCCUUUCCCCAUCCAUAUCAUUGUUAUGAAGAGUAACGGCUUUAUGGAGACAUUACCAUUAUGAAGUAUCAGUUUUCAUUUUUACCAGAACAUUCUGGCUUUUAUUUUAAUUGUAAGGUUUAUCAGUGGGAAUUGUAAGGAAUUUUUCAAAUUUUACUGAUUGUAAAUCUGAUGAGUUUGUUUUAGCUAUUAUUUUAGAUAAUAUUUUUAUAUUAAAUAUUUUAUAUUAAAUAGAUAAUAUUUUUAGCUAGUUAGAUAAAUUUUAGCUAUUAUUUUAGAUAACAAAUUUUUAAGGAGAAAGAAAUCAGGACUAGCUGGUAACACUGUUUAUUUUAUCCCUUUUUCCAGGAAAUACAGAACGUGAUAAACUUACCUAUUAUUCAGGAUGGCGACCUGCUUGGGAGUUCAGCAUCACGUGCGAUGAGGCUUGUGUCAGUCUUGUGGUUUUGAGAACAGUACUGUUAGUUCUUGCUUUUGCCUGUGUUUAUUUUACGAGAGACUACUUUACAGACAUGCCUAUAAACACCUAAUUGGAUUUGAAACACAUAAUAUCUUCUGAAGAUACUUGCUAACAAAAUAAGCAAAAAUGUCAUACUGAUGUGACAUUAAUGACAACUUUCUUUGACAGUAAUUUUGUUCCUAUUAUUUUAUGCUCCUUAGAGAAAGCUAACAUGCCAAAAAAAGUGAAACUGUAUGUGGGUAAAACCCAUAUUGGGAAAAUAUUAAGCUAAAGAUGGUAUCUGGUAAGGUUUGGAGCAUUUAAUUUUUAAAUACAAGAUUUCCCAAAACUGUGACAUACUCUAUUCCUGCAAUUCAAGAACAAACUAUGUGUCAGUUAAACAACUCUUACAAUUCAUACUAAGGCAGUCUUUGGAAUCACAAUUGCUUAAUUUCGAUGCUGAGAGAAAGCUAGCAUCAUAUUACGUACUCAGGCCUGUUUUGUAGAGUGAUAGAAUGUUCUGAAUAAAAUAUGUAAGUAGGAUUUUAUAGAUGGAUAGUUCUCUGGAAGUCUUGUUUGUGAAGCUAGCACAAGCA